UGGAUUCUCGAGCAUGGGGGCGGGGCCUCGCCCCCGCAGGCGGGAAGGGGGAAGCGCCGGGACUCCCGGUCUGGAAUGAGGCUGGCCUCGGCGGCGGCGGCGGGACCCGGGCCGGCCAUGGCGGUGUGGACCAGGGCCACCAAAGCGGGGCUGGUGGAGCUGCUGCUGCGGGAGCGUUGGGUGCGGGUGGUGGCCGAGCUGAGCGGCGAGAGCUUGAGCCUGACCGGGGACGCGGCGGCGGAGACAGACCCCCCGCUGGGGCCGGCGCUGGCCGCCUUCAACGGCCUCCCCAACGGCGGCAGCGGCGGCGGCGGCGGCGGCAGCGGGGACUCGCUGCCCGGCAGCCCGAGCCGCGGCCUGGGCCCGCCCAGCCCUCCCGGGGCCGCGGCCGGGGGCUCCCCUCCCGUGCGGCGCGUGCGGGUGGUGAAGCAGGAGGCGGGCGGCCUGGGCAUCAGCAUCAAGGGCGGCCGCGAGAACCGGAUGCCGAUCCUCAUCUCCAAGAUCUUCCCCGGGCUGGCGGCCGACCAGAGCCGAGCGCUGCGCCUGGGCGACGCCAUCCUGUCGGUGAACGGGACCGACCUGCGCCAGGCCACCCAUGACCAGGCCGUGCAGGCGCUCAAGAGGGCCGGCAAGGAGGUGCUGCUAGAGGUCAAGUUCAUCCGGGAAGUGACACCAUAUAUCAAGAAGCCAUCGUUGGUAUCCGAUCUGCCCUGGGAAGGGGUCGCCCCCCAGUCGCCAAGCUUUAGUGGCAGUGAGGACUCAGGCUCCCCCAAACACCAGCACAACUCCAAGGACAGGAAGGUCAUCCCUCUCAAAAUGUGCUUUGCCACCAGGAACCUGAGUAUGCCAGAUCUGGAGAACAGAUUGAUAGAACUCCAUUCUCCUGAUAGCAGAAAUACUUUAAUCCUUCGCUGCAAGGACACUGCAACCGCCCACUCGUGGUUCAUAGCAAUCCACACCAACAUCAUGGCUCUCCUCCCACAGGUGUUGGCUGAACUCAACACCAUGCUUGGUGCUACCUGUACAGCAGGAGGCAGCAAGGAGGUCAAACACAUCGCCUGGCUGGCAGAGCAGGCAAAACUAGAUGGAGGAAGGCAGCAGUGGAGACCGGUCCUCAUGGCUGUGACCGAGAAGGACUUACUGCUCUAUGACUACAUGCCAUGGACAAGGGAUGCCUGGGCAUCUCCCUGUCACAGCUACCCUCUCAUCGCUACCCGGUUGGUACACUCAGGCUCGGGAUGUAGGUCACCCUCGCUUGGGUCUGACCUCACUUUUGCUACCAGGACGGGAUCGCGUCAGGGCAUCGAGAUGCACAUGUUCAGGGUCGAGACACAUCGGGACCUGUCGACGUGGACCCGGGUACUUGUGCAAGGUUGUCACACUGCAGCUGAAUUGAUCAAGGAAGUCUCACUAGGUUGCAUAAUGAAUGGCCAAGAAGUAAGACUGACAGUGCAUUAUGAGAAUGGGUUUACAAUUUCCAGAGAAGGAGGAGGCCCUGGCAGUAUAUUAUAUCGAUACCCGUUUGAAAAGUUAAAAAUGUCUGCUGAUGAUGGUAUCAGAACUCUGUACUUGGAUUUUGGUGGUCCUGAGGGAGAACUGACCCUGGAUCUCCACUCCUGCCCCAAGCCGAUUGUUUUUGUGCUGCACACCUUCUUGUCAGCCAAAGUCACCCGCAUGGGCCUGCUGGUGUGAGCCCAAGGCCAGGAACACACCCACCUCAGAAGAAAACAAUUAAGCACAAAAGAAAGCUGCUUCUUUUGCUCUCUCCUCCAGCAUCAGUGCCUUGACAAGGACCUGCGAUCACUGCUAACCCAGAAUUGUUCCAAGAACAUCCAUGGUGACAAGCCACUAUGUUCUCCUUGGAGUCCCCACCUUGUUGGGGAGAGAGAGGCGUGACUUCUAUGACUGUAGAAUGAGGAGCUCUUUCUGUAUGUUCCGUCUUCAUCAUUUGUUUGUGUUUGUAUCUCUCUCCCAUGAUGAGGUGGGAUCGUGAUUCCACUUUCCAAAUAGGAGUGAAUAGUGGAGAGACAUUCCCCUUGUUCCCAAGUCCCCUGGGCUUAGCCUACCACCCAACAUUUGUGCAAGACAAUUCUGCCCAUCCUUUCUUCGCAAACGGGCUGGUGACUCUGUAGCCAUAUCAGGAACUUCCAGGUUUUGGCAGGAGUUUGCCAUCCCCUUCUGGCACAUGAAGCCGCAGCUGCAGGCUCCCCAGGUGUCCCUCUCUCUGUGGUGAUGCUAUUGCUACAUCCCCACCAUUGCCAUCAUCCAAUUUACCAAGUUUGGUCAUUCAAAAGUGUUUAUUUUAUAGCAUCAAACCUGUGAAAUGUCGAUUUAGUUUGCCAUAUGUUUUUAACCAGCACCUAGCAGAAAGAAUAUUGGAGAUCAGGGUAUUAUAAGGAAAUAUCUGUCCAUUUUAGUUUUGGGUUCUGCCUCUCCCCCAAUUAAUAUUUUUGGAAAGAACCAGAGGGUUUUAUGGCAUGAGACUGAUUUUAAAAGAAAAUCUUUAUUUUAUACAGAGCCAUUUUUUAAUGGCUUACCAAAUGUGCCUUUGGUCAAGUUGGGUCAGAUGUAGUUCAGUAUCACAAUCUCCAUUAAAGGAAGGCCAUCCCAGUUUUAAAGAAUGGUUUAUGAAGGUGAGCUGCAUUUUUGGCACCUGGCAAGCUCCUAUAGUGAAGACAAACUUGGAAAAGUUGCCAUCCUGUUUCAGGAUUGAACUUUGGAGGAACCAUCAGCCCAUUUGCACAAAUGCUAUCAGCAAUUCCAUGGGUUCAUCUGAUCCCAAUUCAGGCUCUGCAAUAUAUGGGCUGAUUUAUCACCUGCAAAGUAAUAUGGAAAAAAUUAAUCAUCCCAAGCAAUGUCAAGACUUAGUGUCGCCUCCUAGCCUGACAGAUGCAGUGAGACUCUAGAACAGCCCUUUAGCAUUCUUAAAGUAUUCUUGACAUUACUCCAAAGAAAUGGAACAAACCAGUUUGUUGGAUUUAUGGAAAUCCUUCUCUUACCCUAAUCCUAACAGGACUACAUUUAUGAAAAAUGGGUAAAAACAGAACAUGAAUGUCAUAUGACUUAGAACAGUCAUCCUGAAUGUGAAAGGAAAGCAGCGGCAGAGGCUCACAACCGGUUUGGGUUUUGACUCAGACUGACUUAGCAGAAAUCACUGAUUCUUUCAGAAAGGGCAAUCCAGUCCACCAUUGAAAGAUUUGCUCCUUUCAUCUGGGAAGUGCAAGAGAGGAGACAUUCCAUGAAGGAUCCCAGUAGUGAGCUUUAUUGAAAAGGAUAGGAAGGUGGGCACAUGUGCGGGGCAUGUACAGGCCGGCUCCCUCCCUAGACCAUCACCCCACCCCUAUCUGUGAGCUAGCUCUGCUCCUGCACAAUUUUGACAUGACAGGGACUGGGGAGAUGCUCUUGUUUUCUUGGCUAAGAUCCAUGCAAUUUUUGAAGGCUAGACCCAAGUUAUUUCCCUACUUGUACCACAGAGACACAGAUCUAAAGGAAAAAUAGAGAUAAAAGAAUUUGUCAUUUUCAGAAUCCAUAGAUUCAUCUUAAAACAUAUAGGUUUAAUCUUUUUAAAGAUAUUUUUCCAUCUCAAGUCCAAUUUAGAUACUAAAAAUCUUGGUGGCAUGGGGAUAGGGCAGCCAACAAGACCUAAGAGUGACUUGGAGCUCAGGUCAUACCUUAAAGUAGAAUGCCGUCACAUCUAGCAGCGUGGAGCCAUCACAUCUCUGCACAAUCCAAAUGUCAUUUUGUUGGACUCCUGUUUUCCAAGGUGAAAAGAAGCUUAACUCUGCAGAUUGAAAUUUCCCCAACAAAGUGCUUAGAUUCCUGCUUUGCUGUGGAUAUUUUUAUGUAUUCUUGGGGGGGGUGUGUGUGUGUGUGUGUGUGUGUGUGUGUGUGUUUUGUUUUGUUUUUAAGCCUGAGCCAACAAGAAAAAUAAUCAUGGGAACGUCUGGAAACCACUUUAUUCAUCCUUCUUCACAAGAUGAUUGUGUACAGGGUAAAAUGUAAAUGAGAAUAAGAAAAGCCAUUCCUUGUCCGUCCUUUGCUAAGCUGGGAUCAGAUUGUGGAUUUCAUUUCCCAGUUUGAGCUGCUCAGGCACAAAAGCAUCAGAGGCUGAAGGAUCUUGAUGAAAACUCUGCACCUUGAAACAGAAACGAAACUGAACAGAUUGGAACCCCACCCACAAGCCAGCCACUCUGGGAAGCUCUCAGGGUGUACCUGUGAGACACUCUUGGAGACAUCAAAUACAGGCAACCAAGAUAUGGUGAGAUCCCUAAUCCACAAAUGGAGUGCUUUACGAAGAGACAGCCUGGACAGAUAUCUAAUUUAAUUUCUGAUUAAGCUCACCAAAUAAGGCAGAUUGUUUGAAAAGAAUGCUUUUGAUUUCCUUCUCAUUUUUGAUGAGGAGACUUGUGAAAAUACCUGGUACUCUUCAUGGGUGGAGCUUAAAAGGAACAACUGGGCAGCAGAUACUUCCUGUUCAUACUCCUAUGCAACCAAUUUUUCUUCCAAUCUUCUCCACAUUCAUGUGAUUGAAUUGGUGAGAGAGUCUACUCUUCCUCCCAUAAUCUUUUGUUUCUCUUUUUCCUCCAUUCCAUUCCCCUCACCCUGGCAUCUUAUAAAGAAAAAAUUGAAAGGUAGGAACAACUAUCUUUAUGUAAAAGGAAACCUUUCCUUACAAAAUCAUAAAAUAGAACUCAACCUGAAAAUUAGUUUAAAAUUUAGCAUUAUAUAGAUAAGUGUUUUUCUUUCAUGUAUGUUUAUGCAGUUAUUUAUUAGAAUAAUUAUAAUUGUAAUUAUAUGUAACUGUCCAGUAGACCCCAGAAAUGGGAGCUCAAAUACUGGUUAUGUGCACAUAUUCAGAUUAUUAUUCUAAAGGCCAUUUCAAGUUUUCAAAAGCCAUUUUUGAGCACUUUUUAAACAAGGGAUAUUUUAUUGGUUCAUAUUAUCCGUUUAUAUUAUCUGCACUCUCAAUAACUUUACAAUUCCAAAAACUUGCUGCAUAGGCAGGAAGUAGAGCUAUGGAAUUCCCUGUUUGUUACAUUUCUAUUAAAAAAUUAUACCUUUAAAUAGCAAAUAGUUAAAACUGUUGCUGGCGAUUCAUAUAUCUCUUAAUCUCUGUAAGGUAUAUCCUGGUAGCAAAAUCUUAAAAUCUAAGUUUUGCUAAUUUUUUUUUUUAAAUUAAGAAUCCAGGUGGAGAAUUAAUAAGGUCAUGUUUCUCCUAGAAAAAAUAGCUUAUAAAUGGUUUUCAUUGACAAGGAGAUGUGACAUUUGAGAAAAGGUCUGCUGGAUUUUUUUUUUCCCCCAAAAAACCCUUCAAAUCUUAGGUUAUAAUUUAUAUGCAUGUUAAUUAUAAUAGUAUAUUUCUAAAAAUGAGACAGUCCCUGUUCAUGUUUUUCUUUGAUCUGCAAACUACCUUGUAAGCUGCUAUGCAAAUUAUCUUCAAAUCCCUACCUGCUUAAAGGGUUAAACAUUCUUUAGGCUCUGGGAAAGACAUGUAGACUUACGCACUUUCUCUGUGAUUUUUCUUUUUUUAUCUUAGCUCUGACAAAAGCUGAAUUAUAUUAAUGUCUUAAUUUUUGUAGCUAUAAACUAUUGAUUUUCGAUAACUUUUAAACUGAGCAGUAUAAAUAAAUGUCCAGCGUAUACUUUA